UGUAAUUAUUUAUAUAUAUAUAAAUGGAUAUUAGCAUCAAACCUUUCAAACUCUUCCAAACUCACAUUUAAACAAAAAAAAAAAAACUCUUUCAAACUCUUCUACCAAAAAAAUGGAAGUAAUGAACAGAUAUGUUACAAUAAAGACUCAGAUAAAUGGUGAUCCAAAAGAGUCAGACUUUGAGAUUAAGUGUUCAAGCAUUGUUGUAUCAGCACAGCCUGGCUCAAACGAUGUCGUUUUGAGAAAUUUGUAUGUGUCCAUUGACCCAUACCAGAUAAACCGCUUGAAGACUCAUAGUUCCUCUCAGAACACCUCUAGUUAUGCAACAGCCAUACUUCCCGGCGAGGUCAUUGAUGCUUAUGGGGUGGCUAAAGUUGUGGCAUCUGGGAAUCCUGAGUUUGAGAAGGAUGACUUGGUUGUUGGAAUGAUUAAUUGGGGAGAGUAUAGUGUCUUAAAAGGAGAAACGUACAUGUUGAGGAAACUAGACACUAUGGGGUUUCCAUUGUCACACCAUGUUGGAAUUUUUGCAUUUAGUGGAUUGACGGCUUAUGCGGGGCUAUUUGAAGUUGGGAAGCCUAAGAAGGGUGAGAAAGUGUUUGUGUCAGCUGCUGCUGGGUCAAUAGGUCAUUUGGUUGGCCAAUAUGCUAAACAAUUUGGUUGUUAUGUUGUUGGUUGUGCUGGAAGCAAAGAAAAGGUAGAAUUACUCAAAGAAAAACUUGGUUUUGAUGAUGCAUUCAACUACAAAGACGAGUCUGACUUGAAAUCAACACUCAAAAAGUACUUUCCAAAUGGAAUAGAUAUAUACUUUGACAAUGUAGGAGCUGAGAUGCUAGAAGCAGCAGUGGCUAACAUGAACACUUUUGGCCGAAUUGCGGCUUGUGGGGUGAUAUCUGAGUAUACAGACACAAACAAGAGAGCUGCCCCCAAUAUGUUGGACAUUGUCUACAAAAGAAUUAUGAUGAGAGGAUUUUUGGCUGCUGAUUUCUUGAACAUCUAUCCAGAAUUUCUUUCGGCUACUGUUGAUCACAUUCGAACCGGUGUUUUUCAGACACUUGAAGACAUCUCAAUAGGUUUGGAGAGCAUUCCUCAGGCUUUUCUUGGACUAUUUCAUGGUUCUAAUGUUGGAAAGAAGAUGGUGAAGCUUUCAGAUGACUAAAAUCUCCUUUUACAUAAGGAAAAAAAUAAAUUACUUGAACGUUUGUUUCAUAACCAAAAAAAAAAUAUGUAUUACAGUUGCUUAUCGAUCAAUACUUUAGAAUAGAAAUAUUAGGGUUUUAAAAAAAAUGGUUGACUUUUUGUCUUUUCUAUUGAAUAAUUAAUGUCCUAUGUAUACUAGUUUUUUCUUACAAUAAAUGUGACUUUGGUUUCUACAAGAAAACAAAAUUGUGACUUUGUUGCAUUUUAUUUAUAUGAA